GAGAGAGAGAUGGAUGGUGUCCUGAAGAGAGAGCAUUUAGUCCUUUAGUGUUAUGGUUAAUAGAGAGAUAGAGGGGCAGUGUGUCCUGAAGAAAUAGUAUUUAGGCCCUGAAUCUAACCUGGACACAGAGAGAGAGAGAGAGAGCACGUGGUGUGUCCUGAAGAGACAGAGGGAGAGCACUUGGUCUAGCUCCAAGUUGAAGGUGCCUAGUAUAAAUUUCCAUAUUUCUUGUGGGCUUUCUCACUCCACUAAAAUGGCUCCAUAUUCUCUCUCUACGCGCGCUACCCUGAACCUCUCUCCUCACCCUCGCCCUAUCUCUGGAAUGACCCAAACCCAUCAGCUUAACACCUGUUCUUGGCCUAUGGGACUGGAUAUACAGAUGCAGUUGCAGAAACUGAGAAAAAGGGUGAAUAGAAGAGAUAGAAAGCAAGGUGAUUUGGGUUUUUCUAAGCUUUUGAGAAGUGGGUCUGUGAGGUCUCAGCCCGUUAGAGAGGCGCCAAAGAGGAGGCACUGGAAAGAGGGAGAAUUCCCUGGAGUUUCAGAGGGUUCUUCGGUUUUGGGGUCACCCAGAACUGCAAUAAAGAACAUAAAGAAGAAAUUGGAUGAUAAGAAGGAUGCAAAUGCUUGGGCCAAUACUGUUACUGAGGAGCUCCAUGAGCGUAUGAGGAAGAAGCAGUGGGAGGAAGCUCUUGAGGUGUUUGACAUGCUUAGAGAGCAGCCAUUCUACCAGCCAAGAGAGGGAACAUACAUCAAACUUUUGAUUCUUCUUGGUAAAUCAGCCCAACCAGAGCAAGCCCAAAGACUCUUUGGCCUAAUGAAUGAAGAAGGUUUGGAACCCACUUCAGAACUCUACACGGCCCUACUUGCUGCCUAUUGCCGAAGCCGCCUUAUCGAUCAAGCCUUCUUAAUCCUUGAAAAAAUGAAGACUCUCCCUUUAUGCCAGCCUGAUAUAUACACAUACACUAAUCUCAUAAAGGCUUGUGUUGAAGCUUUUCGUUUUGAACUUGUCGACCGCUUGUUAGCCGAGAUGUCAGAUCGUGGAAUAACCCCAAACACUGUAACCCUAAAUGUUGUGUUGGGGGGCUAUGGAAAGGCUGGAAUGUUUGAUAAAAUGGAGGAACUUCUUUCUAAAAUGCUAGAAAGCAGUUCAUGUAACCCAGAUGUAUGGACCAUGAAUAUCAUUUUGGGGCUCUUUGGCAACGUGGGUCAGGUAGAAGAGAUGGAAAGAUGGUAUGAGAGAUUCAGGAGCAUUGGUAUCUCACCCGAAACCCGAACUCUCAACAUUCUUAUUGGAGCGUAUGGAAAGAAAAAGAUGUAUGACAAGAUGACUGCAGUUAUGGAGUAUAUGAGGAAGCUCUCAUAUCCAUGGACCAGCUCCACCUAUAACAACAUAAUCGAGGCUUUUGCUGACUCGGGUGAUGCGAAGCAUAUGGAGCUUGCCUUCGAUCAAAUGAGAGCUGAGGGUAUGAAGCCUGAUACAAAGACCUUUUGCUGUCUGAUCAAUGGGUAUAGCAAUGCGGGUCUUUUCCAUAAGGUGGUAACUAUCAUUAGAUUGGCUGAGAAAUUGGAAAUAGUACCGAACACAACAUUUUUCAACUCAGUGAUAUCUGCCUGUGCUAAGGCAGAAGACUUGAUGGAGAUGGAGAGGGUUUAUGCUCGGAUGAGAGAUAAGAAAUGUGCUCCGAACGAUGAGACGUAUAUGAUCAUGACUGGGGCAUUUGAGAGAGAAGGAAUGCGUGAUAAGGUUUUAGAUUUGAAUGAAGAGAGAGAGAGAAUGAUUGGGAAGGAUGGUUUUGAGGUGACUGAGUUGUUGGACCUUGAAGAGGUAUGACUUGUAGUUAGAAGGAAUGCACCAUCAGGUUUAUGACUGAAAGGAAGAGAGAAUGAUUUGGAGUGGCUUUGAGGCGGGUUUUUUGAGCUCGAAGUGGGGUUGAUUGUUUGUUCAUGGGGUGGGCACAUUUUCGGGUGUUGGUGGUUUUUGAAGCACCUGGCAUCUCCAUUGACAGAACCACUGCUUUAACUGUUAAGAUUCAGGUCUAAACUUGAUUUGAAAGAAUCGCGCAAGGUAGAAAAGGCUUUAUGGUAGAUGAGAUUGACUUUAUUCAUGGUUUCAAGGGAUUUUGUGUUCAAAUCCAGCACGAUUCAAAUCUGACAUGAUAAUGUAUAACGUUUUGGUCUUAGUUUCCUGUUUUCAAAUUAGGAAGAAGGAAGAUUUCCUUCAUAGUUGUUUUUACUAAUCAAUUUGAAUGGCAGUAUAUGAAUCCCAUGUACAAAUGAGUCUCAAUUUCCUUGAACUGCCCGUAAGUUUGUAACUCUCUCUCUCUCUAAAAUGCUUCAUGUAAUCUUCAUUUGAUGCCUAAUGUACAAUUGUUUUUUCAUCUCGGUUGUAAUAGUAUACUAUCAUCUCCACCUCU